GUCACCCCUGUCAUUUAUGUGGCAUGUGACUUAUUUGUCAAAUUGUCUAUAGUAUUACUAUAUUUAUACUACAAUACUGAAAUUAAUUUAGUAGUAUAUUCUCUAGCAUCGGAAUCAAACAAGUGAUAAAUAUGCUUAAACCUAAAGCACUAACUCAGGUUUUAAGCCAAGCAAAUACAGGCGGAGUGCAAUGUACCUUAUUACUGAAUAAAGAUGGAGCAUUACUGGCUUACUCUGGUUAUGGAGACAGAGAUGCUCGAGUUACUGCAGCCAUUGCAAGUAAUAUAUGGUUAGCUUAUGAGAAAAAUGGCCGAGCUGCAUUCAAUGAGGACCAAUUAAAACUCGUAACUAUUGAAUGUGAGGAAGGAAGAUUAGUCAUUGUAGAAGUGGCUAACUUGUUGUUGUGUGUACAAGCCAAGGAAAGUGUAGGUCUGGGAAUUCUGAAAGCAAAAGCGAAAGCCUUAGCAGAAUAUUUAGAAAAUCCUCUUGCAAAAGUGGCUACAUCAUGAAAACGCAGUCUGGGUAUUGAAUACAGAGUUAGUGUACCUACGAAACUUGGAGUACGAAGGAAUAAGAUUUCUAAAA